AUGGAAACACCCCGUUUGUCAGGUAGCUUGGUGCUAUCAAUAAAUCUGUUCGGUGUCAUUUGUUCAAUUUUCUCGUGUAUUAUGAAUAUUUUUAUAUUGAAGAAAGAAAAAAAAAAGAAUGAGAUGGUUCUAUUUUGUUUUCGUUAUUUCUUAGCCGCUGUUUACGGAUUGACCGUUGCAAUUCAUAUUUUGUCUGUGAUACUUUACAAUUUCUAUAAUCAGGAUAGUCUUGAUCUUCAUACUUUUACAGUUCUCGCAGCAUUUUUCAGUUCAAAUAUACUAACAAUGCGAGGAAUUGUGACCCUUACGAUCUCCGUUGAAAGAGUUAUAGCAGUUUGCACACCACUGAUUUUUCGGUACUAUCGUCCAAUGAUUCCGAAUAAUGUGAUUCUAACUCUAAUAUUGUUUUACGGUCUGUUCGAGUAUUUCAUUUUGUAUGUCAUUUGCAAUUACCAAUUAAAUGUACCGUACAAUUGUGUGAACGUUGGUUGUGCCAUGAAUUCAUGCUUUCGUCAAUAUUUCCGGCCGUUGAAAUUAAUUAUAUAUGGCCCCACUUUAUUGUUCGCAAUCAUUUUAUCAUUUAAGUUAAUCUGCAAAGCAAAUAAAACUAAAAACAACGAUGCUACCAUGAACAGGGCAAAUCGACUCGCGCUGAUUGAUGUUAUAAUUAUAUUCUUUUUUGAUGUUCUGCUGAGCAUUUUUUUGACCGUCUUUGACCAAAAUAAUCUGCUCACUAACUCUGGACCAUUUGCAUCAGUUUUAAGAGAACUUGGAUGUUCUAUUGAAGCUUUGUUAGUUUUUCGUCUUGUGAGACAAAAAAGUAAUGUAGCAUGCACCCCCACAACAAGCAAACACAACGUUAUGGUCAAAAACGUGAAAUAG